AUGCCCGAGUCACAACCAAAGAAAGGAUACGGGUGGCGAUUUUGGGCCAUAUUCCCCGGUCUUUGCAUCGGCGGACUGCUGAGCGCCCUCGAUGCCACUAUUCUGUCGACUGUCUUGCCCACCAUUUCUAGCAAGCUAGGCUCGAACCUUCUAUAUGUCUGGGCUGUUAACGGCUAUUUUGUGAGCCAAACGGCUGUCCAGCCACUCUAUGGACAGAUUUCCAACGUAUUUGGGCGCCGCUGGCCAAUGAUUGUGGCAGUGUUGCUCUUUGCCCUAGGGAGCGGACUAUGUGGUGGCGCAUCGAGCACGGAGAUGCUCAUUGCCGCCCGUGUGGUCCAAGGUCUUGGUGGUGGAGGCAUCAACGUCAUGACCGAAAUCAUUGUCGCAGACCUGGUUCCCCUACGGGAACGCCAACAGGUCAUGGGCAUCAUCUUCACAGCCUUUGCUGUUGGCACUUUCAUUGGCCCCGUGGUAGGUGGUGCGAUUGUCGACCACACGUCUUGGCGAUGGGUGUUUUACAUCAAUCUACCACUGUGCGGUGUGACAUUGCUGCUGAUGCUAUUGUUCCUGAAUGUGCGGUACGAUCGUGACACUACGAUUCUAGCCAAGCUGAAGCGUGUCGACUUCAUCGGCAAUACCAUCUUAAUCACAUCCGUCAUUUCUAUCCUACUGUCGCUCACCUGGGGUGGCACUGAACACCCAUGGGCUUCGUGGAACAUUCUUGUUCCUUUGAUGCUGGGUUUCCUUGGUAUGGUCGGCUUCAUGUUCUACCAGAACAGUCCAUGGUGUUUGGAGCCGACGACGCCUCUGCGUCUCUUUUCCAACCGCACAGCCGCGCUGACUUACCUACUCAGCUUUUUGCACGGCGUCAUCCUCUAUUGGGUGAAUCUGUUUCUACCAGUCUAUUUUCAGUCCAUUCUCGAGGACACACCCGAAAAGUCCGGCAUCGAUCUUUUUGCCAGCGUCAUACCUAUGGUGCCGUUCGCCAUUAUCGGCGGCAUUCUCAUCACCGUCACAGGUAGUUACAAGUGGUUACUCGCCGCCGGCUUCGCUGCCAUGGCAAUUGGCAUGGGACUUUUUACCAUGCUUGACGACAAGACAACCACCGUUGUGUGGGUUGUCUACCAGGUUGUGCUUGCUAUGGGUUCUGGCAUCGCUCUUAUUGCUACUCUGCCCGCCAUCCUGGCAAGUUUGCCAGAAUCCGAUGUGGCGACAGCGACGGCCACGUGGGCUUUCCUCCGCAGCUUCGGAUCUAUCUGGGGUGUCUCAAUCCCAUCCGCCAUAUUCAACACACGUUUCACAAACCUGGCUGACCGCAUAUCCGACGAAAAGCUUCGAGCUAUGCUCCAAAACGGUGGUGCGUAUCAAUUGGCUACUAAGACAUUCAUGGAAUCUCUAAAUGAUACACCCGUGUUAAAGAGCCAGGUGGUUGACAUCUACGUGGAUAGUCUGAAGCUUGUUUGGCAGGUCGGUCUCGCAUUUGCCGUUAUCGGUGUUCCGUUGUCCUUUUUGCUCAAAAGUCUGAAGCUGAGGGAUGAGUUGAAUACAGAGUUUGGGUUUAGAGAUGGAGCCAGCGCGAAGGCCAGCGAAGAAGAGGGAGAAGCACGAAUGAUGAAGGUUGGGCGGUAA